AGAGAGAGAGAGAGAGAGAGAGAGAGAGAGAGGGAGAAAGAGAAAGUUACUGAGUAGGGAAUGAAAGGCGUGAUGGAAUAGGACGUCGUGUUUGUCACCCAGAAGACAGGCACUCGAAGACAUGAGGACACACACCAGUAGUGGAGACUCUAACAUGAGCGUGUGUAAAGGUGUGAUCAGCAUUCUAUCCACAAAUAUGACCCCCUGAAUGCCGUUUGAACUGAAUGAACUGAAAAUAAAACAAAAUGCACCCUGUCGAGACUGACGACAUGGGAUUUGCAGACUAAACAUUGCGGAUUCCCUGACUGAGGCGUCUGAAAGAAGAAUAAGCCAAGCUUCUGAGCAAUGUCAUCAGUAUGCACUGAUUCACACAAGCCAAGACGAAGAGACGUUUUACGCUUUAGUGUCUGUGACGGCAAAGAACACACCUGAGGCACAGAGUUAGAGCUUCUGUAGCUAGAAAGAGACAGAGAGAAGAAAACCAUGAUGGAGAAGUUGGAGCCCACGGUAUCCCCCUCCCCUGCUCUGUCAAUGACGGACCCCUUAACUCCUCCGAACACUCACUCUCCAUGCACCAGCAGCCCUGCAGCGAACGAAGCUAAUGGUACAGAGAGUGGUGCAAGCACAAACCCAAGUAGUCCUGCUACAUCGGGAGCCAAUGUAGAGGAAAAAUCGACAGCAGCAGAGAAUGCUACCUCACCAUCAAACCCAAGCGUCCCUCCUAUUUCCAGUUCCACGUCCACAGUCGUCCUCUCCUCUCCUCCCUCAUCAUCCCCUGCUCCUCUUCCCCCUAACAUCCCUGUGAUCAGUCUGGCUCACAGUAAACCCCCUCUGCCCCCAAUUCCCAUGCUUGGGCCUCAGCUAACCGCCCUCCACCCCAUACCCACAGUGCCACACGGACCUGGGGAGAUUCGACUGGCACAGCUAGCUGCCCUGUCCGGAAGUCCAACAGCCACAGCGCCACCACCUAGAGCUCUACUGCCUCACCAAUACCUGCCUGGACACUCAUUACUCAACAGCUCUUUCCUAAGUCCCUCCAAUAGUUUUGGUUUCUUCACCAACAACCGUGUAAAGAGAAGACCAUCAUCCCACUUUGAAUUGGAUCUCACUGAUUGUCCUCCUCAGAAGCUGGCCAGACGUGUUUUCACAAACAGCCGUGAACGCUGGCGUCAACAGAACGUCAACGGCGCUUUCUCAGAACUCCGAAAGCUCAUCCCUACACACCCACCAGACAAGAAACUGAGCAAGAACGAGAUCCUGCGGCUUGCUAUGAAGUACAUCAACUUUCUGGUGAAGCUGCUGAAUGACCAAGCCAACGACAACAACCUGACUGACAGCGCAGAGGAGGACAAGAGCAAGAAAGACGCAAACGAAAUGCUGGGCAAUGGAAACAGAGACUGCAGUCGUGUCCUGCACUCAGCGCAUCCCUCAGACGGCACAUUGUUGUCUCAGGUCACAGCGGCACUACCUGCUGUGCGCCUGGCCUUAGUCGCUUCUCGCCGAACCAGAGACUCCACUGAUUCAGUCGUUGCCUUGACUACGUCACCUGGCUCCAGUUGCUAUGGUGACACGGACAGUGAAGAGACGUUAGGGUCACAGAAUUCGAGUAUUGUUAAGAAGAGUGUUAGUGAAGGGAUGAUGGAAAAAAUAAAAGAUCAGAUACAGGCUGUUAUGCCUGCUGGAUACCAGCGGUGACAUCAUGUGUGACAUCGCCUGUGAUACCAUGUUCAAACACUGGAGCACAAACUGACAAAAAUAGAACAGCUGGUCAAAAAAUGUACUGCUAUAUAUAUAUAUAUAUAUAUAUUGUGUGUGUGAAUGUGUGUGUGUGUGUGUAUGUGUAUGUGUUGGUAUUUCUGGGUGAAUUUGUGCUAUUAUUAUAACGAUCUUGUUUGAAUUUAGAUUAGUUGGUUACAUCCCUCCAUACAAACACUUACAAACAGUGUUAAAAUUGAGACGUUUAAUAUCGUCAAUGUUGGAUUGUGUGCAGAUUAAUUAUACGCAUCUGAGAGGUUAUCAUGUUUUUAAUCUCUCUCACACACACACACACACACACACACACACACACUGUUGUUGUAAUAUUGUGGCACUUUGAAGCUUUCCAUAUGGGUUUCCUGUAAGGAAAAAUAAACACAGUGUGUAUUUGGA